AAGGCCUCUGUGUGAGUGUGUUCAUGUAUGAGUAAGGAGGGGGGGCAAAGAAGAGGGCUCGAAUCACUGCUCCUCCUCAGAAACAAACAGGAGGAAACUCAUUGCAGGCUUCAGAGAAAAGUAUCACGGCAGACAUGACUCGCACCCUUUGGUUCAGUUUGCUCUCGCUGCUUUUGUUGCCAUCGUCUGACGCUGGAAGAGAGAUGCCCAAACUGAGUGACAAGAAACUUUGUGCCGACUCAGAAUGCAGCUAUCCCAUCCUGAUGGCCCGUGCACUGCAGGACUACUACCCUGGAGACUGCAGGUUCAUCCCCAUCAGACAGGGACAGCUGGUUUAUGUCUAUGCAAUGCUGAAGGACAGAGGGAACCUCUUCUGGGCUGGCAGCGUUCAAGACUCUUACUAUGGACAGCAGGAGGCUCGCAUCGGUCACUUCCCAAGCAGUGUAGUUGAGGAGACACACGCUCUCAUGCCUGCCACCACUGAAGUGAAGACAACUAAAUGGGACUUCUAUUGUUUCUGAGUUUCUGGUGUGGAUCAAUGGGAUUGCUGCAUGCAACACAACUACUUGCAAUAGUUGCACCACCCAUUUUGUUUAUUUUGCUUGUUAUGUUAAUUCUGUUCCCUGCAAAAUGAGGUCAGUUAUGUAGUGUGUGCUGUUCUUAUCAUAACCAAUGCUGCCAGUCUCAAAUAAAACAGUGACAGA